AUGGAGAGCGAAAAAGCUGAGGAGGCAAAUGUUGUGCCUUCUGAUGGGAAGUUGGCGCCUCGUUACUCAUAUCUAGAGAUCAAGGAGGCCCAGCGCGUGUGUGGUGAGAAGAUGAAUGCAGCAGCGUUGAAAGAGUGUGGGUCGGUUUCUGCUGCCCAGCAGCAGAUCUUCCGGGCACAUGUCAACGACUUGUGCGCAACUGUGUUUGCAGCCGCACUCAGGAAGUACAAUCCGGAAGACAAAGAGGAGAUGGCUCCUUUAGACAAAAAGAUGGCGGCCAAGCUCCAAGAGUUGGAGACAAAGCUCAAAGAAAAAGAAGCAGCUGUGAAAAAACUUCGGGAACGAGUGCCGAAGAUGGCAGCAGCUAAUGCUCGUCGGGAGCUGGCAAAGGCACGCAAGCGUCACGUGAAUGUUCUCGUUGCUGAGCCGGAGCUGACCGCGGAUAUAAAUGCUGAGCUAACAGAAGAGGAGGUUGAAUCGCUGAAGGCAGCAUACGUGAAGACGGCGUCUUCAAUCGCGGUUACAAACGCCAAGCUUUCGCAAGCCAUGAGUCAAACAACUGAGACGAUUGCAAUUGUGGAGCAGGCGAUCAAGCGACCGAAAACUGAAGUUGAUAUUGCCAUGGAGAAUAGUCCACACAAAGCAAAAGUGUUGCUCGAUGAGCAGGAAACGAGCAGCUUACAAAAGAUAUCUCCAUUACGCACACGCUUGGCAUUACAAAUAAGUGCUUCAAAGGAUGUAUAG